CUACCUUAAAGCAGGAUCUCUGUUACAUUUGGAACACGAGUAUAGAAGAAUUGUUUAUCGCAGGCAACCGGCUGAUGUCAUUCGAGACAAAUGCCCUAAUCUUGCUUCCUGAAUCGUUAACUACCAUUGAUGUGUCUGACAAUGAUCUAGUAUUUACACCGUACUUGUUACAGUCCUCAUGCAUGAUAAACGUCCGAAAAAUGUUUGGCGCUUUGCAGCACUCCCCUCACUACCCGUCCAGAUAUAUUGUUGAAGACACUGACGACGAAAGUAAAGGAUGUGAGGAGAGGUCUUUUACUAGAUGUCCAUAUAUGAAGGAAGCAUUUCUGAUGGAAUUAGCGUCGAAUAAAUGGCCAUGUAAUUAUAUACAACCAAAUAUGAGAAACAUAUCUCUUGAAACUAAUCUUCCAAAACAUCUAGAAUUUGUUGAUUUUCAUGAAAGCAAUUUCAUUUACAAUGAACAGAUCAAUUAUAAGAUCACACCCAAUACAAAUGCAAUCAAGCAUAUUGAUAUUUCAAAUAACGUGUUCAACAUAUUCACCGGUCACUAUGGACCGUUUCCGAAUAUUGAAGUCAUUAAUGUAUCCCGUUGUUACAUAAUGCAAAUCGGGGAAAAUUCAUUGAACUAUCCUUCUUUGAAAAUCCUGCGACUAGACAAUAACUACCUAGGGGACCAAUUAGCGGACAGUGUGAGAUCAAAUAUUUUUGAAUGUUUAACAUCAUUAAAAACUCUUAAUUUAUCGGCAAACGGCAUUACGAUAUUGCAUAGAUCGACCUUUGCCCCACUGACAAAUUUAACAGAUCUAGAUCUCAGCAACAACAAUAUAGGAAAUCUGGAUAUUAUGCUGCCUUCUUUAACAAAUUUGUUACGAAUAGAUCUACACGUUAAUUCCCUUCACGCUCUCGCAAGAAAUAUUCGGACAGGUUUAGAUCUGAAUGCUAAGAAAUUAAAUUCCACGUUCGAAAUUGACCUUCGAAACAACUCGCUAGAUUAUUCCUGUGAAAACCAAGACUUUCUAAACUGGCUAUAUGAACAUAAGAGCAACAUGAAAACGUUUGAGUUGUAUGUUUUCCGAUUGUCAGAUGGAACGAUCAUGGAUGCCACAUGGUUCCAGAAAGAAUUCAGCAAUUUAGAAGGUUACUGUAGAUCUUACACGCUACUGAUCGUCCUUUGCUGUAUCGGGAUAUCUUCAGCACUGGCCACAGUUGUGGGAGGCGUUAUAUACCGACAUCGCUGGAAACUACGAUAUCUGCUUUUUAUGUCUAGGAAGAGGUUCUUCGGUUAUCGUAGAUUACAAGACUAUGCGCUAAUAGAAAACUACAGAUUUGAUGCGUUUAUUUCAUACGCAGAAGAUAAUUUCAGAUUUAUUUUAGAUGAAGUUAUUCCAAGACUUGAGGUGGAAAACGUUUCUUUGUGUCUGCAUCAGCGAGACUCUCUGCCAGGUAACGCAAUUUCGGACAACAUUAUCCAUGCCAUCCAGAGCAGCAGAAAGACCAUCGUCAUAUUGUCAGAGUCGUUUUUAAGGAGCAAAUGGUGCAUGUAUGAAUUCAACAUGGCGCGAAUGGAGAGCAUAUACUCAAGGGAAGACCAGGUGUGUCUAGUUAUUUUUAUGCUUGAACCCGUCCCUCACAACAAGAUGCCUUUGGAAAUGCUUCGAUGGAUUCAGGAAAACAGUUAUAUCGAAUAUACCCAUGAACCAGACGGUAAUAGAAUGUUUUGGGAAAACAUAGUGUUGGCAGUUAAGUAAAACUGUAAACUACCGACAAUAAAUAUAAAUGGGUAAUUAGUUUAACAAUACAAAUACGUCAGGAAAAAGUAUAUAAACGCAUAGAACAUCAUUCAAGUUGGUGUUAUCCAUUUCAUGACAUGUUAUUGGGACCAAUGAAAUUAAUCCCAUCUUGCAAAAUUAAAGUUUUUGAUAUUUUAAAUUACUUUAAGUACAAGUACAAUGUUGGCCUGCGCAGUUGUUUACAGCAAAAUUUAAAAUUAAACGAACGUGUGUAUUAAUAAUUCAUGAAUGACCUUAUGUGUGGAUAUUUGUUUUGAUUGAAAUUGUGAUGAUGUUAGACUUUAUUUACAUGUUUAUGUUUUGUAAAUAAAUCUAAGUUAAGUUUAAAGUGUUGCCCCUUAAGCUGGUUUAACUCUCAACGGUAUGUAAUAUAAAGAAUUGCGUUAUGAUUGUACGUUUUACGUAUAAUAUAUAAUGUACAAUAUACAAAAUACAUAUUAUCUAUGUGUAUAUUAAGAUGAAUAUUAAGCCUCCUGAUUUUGCAGCACGAAAAGUGAAUCCGUAUUUUAUCAAGCGAAUUAUGCGUUAAGGUUGUUUGGCUAGAGAUUAAUCAAUCGAUAAAUUGUUAGUUUGUGGCAGAUUAAUCAGUGAAUGUGUUUGCAAUUAUGUUUAAAACAAGUAAUACAUAGACAUAUGGUAAGCGUUUUAGGGCGACCCAACUCUUGUAUGUGCUUGUUAGCUACUAUAAUUACGUUCAUAUACGUACAAUGUUUGAUAAAGAAGUUCAACGGUGUAUGCAUUUAUACUGGUAUAAUAUGCAAAAUGAAAUUUAGAAUGGGUGUAAUGUUGACCAAAACAAAUUUUGGCAUUCUAUAGGUAAAAUUGGAGUUGCUAAUACAAAUUGUAACAAGAUGCCCGUGGAGAUAUUGCUCCCAAAUGGCGAUGUGUUGCAAAAUUGGAUAAAUGAUUUUAGUUUCUUGUUUCGCAAUGUAUUACUGAAGGAUGCUCAAGCACUGAACCGCGAUCCUUGUCGGUUGCGCACCGAUGAAUCUGGGUUUAACGGUAACAUUUCUAUCCUAGAGGUGAAGAAUGCUAUCUUUAAAGCCAAAACUGGGAAGGCGGUUGGAGUGGAUGAGAUUCCUGCAUAAGUUUUGAAAAAUGAUACUGUAAUAUUUUUCCUUCAUGUUUUAUAUAAUUGAUAUUUUGACAAUGGUAUAGUACCUACUAUUUGGGAUAAAUGUGUCAUAAACCCUAUUCCCAAAUCGUCUACGUCUGAUGCACGAGAACCGUUAGCUUAUAGGAGUAUAGCUUUGGCCUCAGCUGUAUAUAAAAUUAACUGUCGCAUUUUGAACGAUAGACUAUCAAGAUGGGCAGAGAGUGAACAUGUGUUAGUUGAUGAACAGAAUUGGUUCAGGAAAAAACAGAGCACCAUUGAACACAUUUUGUCUUUAGUCAACAUUGUUGAUACACGAAAAAAGCAAAAACUAUCUACUUUGAUAUCUUUUAUUGAUUUCAGUUAAGCGUACGAUUAUAUUAACAGUUCCAAAUUUUGGGAACGCUUGCAAUCCAAUGGUAUCUCAGGCAAAUGUUGGUGGCGCUACGGUCCCUGUACCACUCAGUUUCAUCUUGUGCGAGAAUAAAUAAGCACAAAACAGAUUGGUUCUCUGUACAUUCAGGAUUAAGACAGGGCUGUAUUUUAUCACCUCUUCUGUUUAAUAUGUAUAUUAAUGAUUUAGCAAUAUAUUUAAAGUCAUUGGAUAUUGGUAUCGAAAUAGGCAAUGAUAAGAUCUGCAUCCUUUUAUAUGAGGACGAUAUACUUUUAGUAGCAGAUCAUGAGCAGAAUUUACAAACUAUUGAGUGCUCUCAAUGAUUGGUGUUCUCGAAAUGAUAUGUCUGUUAAUAUUGACAAGAGCAAUAUUGUUCAUUUUCGUCUACUAUUUUUUGCUAGAUCUAAUUUUGUUUUCACUCGUGGUGACCACAUUUUAAAUUAUACCGACAGAUACAACAAGUACCUAGGUUUAGUUUUACAUGAACACUUGGAUUUUUCUUUAACUGCAAAAAUGGUUGCUCAGAGUGCUAGCCGUGCGUUAGGUUUAGUAAAUGCCAAUUGCAAGCUAAUUGGGGGGAUGAUCCCUCCAAAAAUUAUACAAAGGCGUAUGAAUCAGUAGUUUGGCCUGUUAUAGCAUACGGCGCUGCUGUUUUGGGUGAAAAAGUUUUGCUAGCAUCGAUGCUGUUCAAAACAGAGCCACGGGAUUUUUCUUUGGUGUCGGAAGGUAAACGCCUGUUGCAGCUUUGUAUGAUGAAAUGGGAUAGAUUCCCCCAUUUGUCCGGCAAUGGAAAGUAAUUGCAAAUGUUUGGGCGAGACUAUCAUGUUCCAAUACAUCUAGGCUUAACGAACGAAUAGCACUCUGGGCAGCAGGCAUACCUGACUGAAAAGCUGGUAUUUCAAGGUUCGUAAACAACUGAAAGUUAACAAUUAGAUUGCUAUUGUAGUUUAGAUAUACCUAUUAUACCUAUUUCAAAGUUAUUGCUUGUUAAACAUUUAGAAUAAAGUAUGUUUUAUAAGUAUUAGAAUGAUUGGUUUUAAAUAUUAGUUCUGUAACUGGGCCCUCACAAAGAGGAGGUAACAAACUCCAAACAUAUUGUAUUUUUUUAAAGAGAUUUUAAUGUUGAACAAUAUUGUACCAUGAUAAUGCCCUUAAAGCAUCGUUCAGCAUUUUGUAAAUUUAGAUGUAGAGUCGCUCCUAUAAGAAUUGAUACUGGUAGAUAUGAAGGGCUACCAACAGAUCAACGUUUAUGCCCUUUGUGUAAUGUUUUCGAAGAUGAAGAGCAUGUCAUGUUAAAGUGUUCAUUAUAUGAUGAUAUAAGAUCUGAUUUGAUUGAUAAGGCAAUUUCUAUGGUGCCUGAGUUUCAGAGUUUGCAUCCUGUUGAUAAAAUGACAACUUUAUUCUCUAAUUUGUCACUAAUAAGAAGUUGUGCCAAGACCUGCUAUCUGAUUUUACAAAGUUUACAAAGAAGAAAUUUUUAUAUAUGUACAAAUUAUCUUAAUUGGUUUUAUUUUACGGCGAGCGUUGGCAUGGCAACGUGCCUUUACUUAACAUUUGAUUUUACUAUCAUACAAUAGACCUAUAUAAAUAAGACAUUAAGUUUUAAUAUAGUGGAGAACGAAGACAUGGCAUAGUCCACAUCUUUAUUUGUUUGCUGUUACUUCAUUAGAUGUCAGUUCAAAAUUAUUAGAGUUGCUUAUCACCUAGGUCCGUUCUUGGGUAAUGCUGUUUUGAAUCCCGUGUAGACCUGUUUGCCAUGAUCUAGUAUAUUAUUUGCUUGGUUGAACCUGCUAUGUCUUUCUUCACUGCUCAAUUUGAUCGAAUUCACAAAUAAGUAUACGUAUGUUACACUUUCUAUGUGUGGAUUGACAAAAAUCAUCGUUCUUCACGUAAAGAAAAUGAAUUAGUACUCUUAGCAAUAUAUGUAAAUAUUUAUUGGCAGUAUUUUAUAGAUAUAUUAUGAUGUAUUUUGUGCAAGUUGUGUCAAGCAGUUAACAGCUCUAUGUGUUUGUGUGUCUAGCGUUUUUAGCGCUUGUGUCGGGGCUGCUUAGUGGAUGACAUAAUUUGUACAACACUACCAUCUCUUAUAGCUCAGAAUUCUGAGCGGCAAUACAUGUGUUUUAUGAUACUAUUGUAAUUCUCUGUAUUAAGUUAUAUUGUGUU